AUGGGCAAGCAAACCAAACCACCAAAGAGUUUGGCCGCUGUCAGCUACCAAGCCAUCGCCACCGCCCGUGCUUGUGCAUAUACUAUCCCCACGAUCAAUGCUACUUCGCACCAUCGGCUUGCGAUUGAGGGCUGGGCCCCGACGUUUUGUUGGCUGGCUGCUACUGAGGGCCCGGCCAAGCCGCGGAGACGAGGCUCCAGGUCUAGACUUGCCCAGGCCUUUUCGCUCACUUGCACCAUACCGCCCCUCGCAGUCAUUUGCCAUCAAACGCAGAUGCAAUAUUCCACUUUCGCAUACAGCAGCCCGUCGUAUUUCACAGGCCACGGGAAUUGCCUUUCAGCCCUUCCUGCGCCAAUGGACGUCCGUGCUGAUAGUGCUGCAACCGGCUGCAGUCCACGCACGUCUUCCUGUACGUAG